GAACUUCCGUUUCGAAUUGUCAACUUGUAGUUCAUUCUGUCACCGUAGCCGGUGUGGCAGUUCGCAUGUACUUUAUUUGCGAGCAAAUUCUCUAUCAGUUGAACGAGUAAAGUGAAACACACAGAACGCUCGUGAAAAAGAAAAUUUACUUUUGUGUCAUUUUAUUGAUUGUUUCACUUUGGACGCGCCAUCACAUAUACGUACAAUUUGAACCGAGAAAUUCCAUUCUCGGGCGCACGUUUUUUCUUUAAAUUUUUAUUUUUUUGUUAAUUUCGCCGAAAAACUAAUUCCUAAAAAAAGGAAAAGUGGUGUGUGUGUGUGAAGCCGAUUUAGAGGAUUUAUUAUUUCAUUUGCGACUUCAGUUCAUAUCAAUUUGUUGUAUGAGUCAAAAAACCGAAAGACCAGUACUGUCAGGUCAGCGCAUCAAGACCAGAAAAAGAGAUGAGAAGGAGAAAUACGAUCCCACCGGCUUCCGUGACGCGGUCAUUGCUGGACUUGAAAAAACCGGCGGCGAUUUGGAUGCCAUCUCGAAGUAUCUAGACAGCGCUGGAAAUAAAUUGGAUUAUCGUCGUUACGGCGAAGUAUUAUUUGAUAUAUUGAUUGCGGGCGGUUUAUUGGUACCGGGCGGAUCGAUUUCUCAAGAUGGCGAAAAGCCAAGCACAGAUUGCUGUAUUUUUACAGCAUCCGAGGAUAUGGAAGCCAUGCACAGCUAUGAGCAGGUCUUCAUUAAGCUCAUGCGCCGAUACAAAUAUUUGGAGAAGAUGUUUGAGGAAGAAAUGAAAAAGGUGUUGAUCUUCAUCAAAGGAUUUACACCAAGUGAACGUAUCAAAUUGGCACGGAUGACAGCUUUAUGGAUUGGAAACGGUUCCGUACCGCCCACCGUACUGUUAAUGUUAAUCAACGAACAUUUAGUGAAAGAUGAAAUCGCUUUAGACUUUCUACUCGAAGUUUGUGUGACCUUCAAGCAAGAAAAGGGGCUGUCAUCCUUGGUGCAAGCCUUGAAGAAAGGAAAUAUUGAAAGCCGAUUAAUGGACUUCUUCCCAGCGAAGAAACAGACAGAGGAAUAUUUGAGAUCAGUUUUUAUUGAAAAGGGGUUGGCUGAAGUGGUUAAGCUUCACAAAGCUCAAGCCAGUUAUGAAGCCAAACGAGAACUUCAACAGACCUUACUCGAUCAUAUAAGUGACAAUAAAUCACACAAAGAAAUCAUUUCCGACAUUAAGGAAUUGGCACUUAAAACAAACAUUCCUGAACAUGAGAUAAUUGGUCUCAUUUGGUCCACCAUAAUGGGAUUGGCUGAAUGGAAUAAGAAAGAGGAACUGGUCGCCGAACAAGCCCUGAAACAUCUACGACAAUACGCAACAUUGUUCCAAGCAUUUACAACGGUUGACCGGGCUGAAUUAGCGUUGAUUCUGAAAGUUCAAGAAUUUUGCUAUGAAAAUAUGAAUUUCAUGAAGGCGUUCCAGAAGAUAAUACUCCUAUUUUACAAAGCUAAUGUUGUCUCUGAGGACGCUAUUCUGAAAUGGUUCAAAGACGGUCACUCUCAAAAGGGAAAGAUGCAUUUCCUCGAACAAAUGAAGAAAUUUAUUGAAUGGUUGCAGAAUGCAGAAGAAGAAUCUGAAUCUGAGGAGGAGGACUAAACAAAACGAUAAAAUACAUCACCUAAAUUCCCUCCCAUUGAAAAUGUUGAUCGGAUUUUUGGAAUUCGAUUUAUUGACGAAGAAAAAACGAAGAAAAAAACAAAACAAAAAAAUGGACAAAAAUUAAACUAAAAAAACAAAUGAAAUUUCAGUGAACCAUCAAUAAAUAAUAAUAAAAAUCGUUCUCAGCGACAUCUUUGAAGUCAACUAAUUUAAACCAACAACAACAAAAAUAUUCAAAUGAAGAAAAGUGCUAAAACAUUCGCAUAUAAAAUGGAACGACAAAACAUUUUGAAACGGUUUUCAAAUCCUCCGAAUUAUUAAUAUCAAACAUCAACUCCAAACAUAAACAAAAAAUUUUCUUUCUUUUGCCUUUAAAACUGGAAUUUUCAGUAAACGAUGUUGAAGAAACGGAUAUUUAAUUUUCAAUUUUUUUUUUCUUAGAAUAAAAGCAAAGAAAGAAAAAUUCAAAUUUUUGAUA